UGAGAGUAUUAACUCAGAUGCCAGUGGUUGUGGGAAUGGCAAAUCGGAGUGACAAUCUUUUGAAGGUUGCACAGUGGCAAGUUAAUGCUACUAAAACUCAUUUAUUGAGGAAAGUGAAAAGGAGAACCCUGAUGGAUAAGUUUGUAGUGUGUUACACUAAACUCUUUGAAGUGAAUAAUCGACUGAAAUCCCAUCGAGAAAUUAUGGUGAGAUUUGAUAGUCUACAUGAAACGUAUGGUCCCUAUAUGAAGGAAAUGCAGCAGCAUAUUGAUUUUGUACAAAAAGAGAUUGAUCGAUUCAAAAAUGAGCAGAUUGUUAUAAAACAUUCACCAUGCAUAGAACCAACGCAAUUCAAAGAAGCUUUCAGAACAUUGAAAGUUUGGUUAUCAAAUGAAUCCAUAUGGCGAUCAAGAUAUUUUCAAAACACGUACCUCAGUGGCUUCUUCAACGACUUGGCUGCUGCUGUGAAGGUUGCGGAUACACGUGAAGAAAUAAGGAAGCAACGCUUGAAUCCACAACAGUGA